AAAUCUAACGCCUACCGAACACGCGUAAAACUGAACCUUGAGCAAACAAUAGGUCUUCAUUAAAAGAAAGUUCGCUUACGGAGCAAAACGCAUUGCGAUCGCUCAUCAAAAUGAGACAAAGACCUCUUAAAAAGGAUAUGUCGACUUCCGCUCAGACAGCCAAAGAACGGAGAAGGAAGCACGAGAACGAUGUUAAUGGAGGAGGAGGAAUGUGUUGUCCAUGAGCUGGAAAUAUUCGGAACCUUCUUUUGUGCUGUUGCCUCAAGCAAGGUCCCGGUGGACAAAAAGUCGUUUAUUUGUACUAUUUGUCAUCUUUGCUUUGGUUCCUUUCACGCUGGUCGUGUCACGGGGAUUAUUCCAGCAUCUUGUUUACAAACACAGACUCAAGGUUCCCUUCUUUGUUGACCUCAGCCAACCUGUUGAUUUCUCCUUAAAUCACACAAUUAACAUGUACUUAACAUCAGAGGAAGGAAUUUCUCUUGGUGUGUGGUACACAAUCCCCGAAAGUCAGUGGAGAGAGGCACAACACAAAGAUUUGGCAUGGUACCAAAACCAACUGAGUGAUGGAAAUCCAGUUUUUAUAUAUCUUCAUGGGAACACAGGCACAAGGGCUGCUCCUCAUCGGGUGGGAGUUGCAAAAGUAUUGAGUGCACUUGGUUACCAUGUGUUGGUGCCUGACUACAGAGGUUUUGGAGACUCAAGCGGUGAGCCGACUGAAGCUGGACUCACGAAAGAUGCCCUUAAAGUGUUCAAGUGGGUCAAAGAACGCAGUGGAAGCAGCCUGGUCAUCUUCUGGGGACAUUCUCUUGGCACUGGAGUGAGCACUAACACUGCAGUCAAACUAAUAGAUGAAGGUAUUGUUUUGGAUGGUGUGAUUCUCGAAGGCACCUUUCAUUUUCCUACAGAGAAACUACCAAGUCAUGUGUUUUCAUGGUAUUAUUGGAAGUUUCCCGGCAUGGGAUACUUUUUUCCAGAGCCGUGGGCCGAAAAUAAAAUUGUCUUUCCCACUGCGGAAAAUUUAAGAAGAAUGAAAAGCUCAUUACUUUUUCUUCAUGCAGAAGAUGAUCCAAUGGUUCUCAUUCAGAGUGCUCAGCAUCUGUACGAGGUAGCAGUGAGUACUCCGAAUGCAGAGCGUGUCAAGUUUGUGUCCUUCGAAGGUUCUUUAGGGUAUCUACACAAUGGAUUAUACAAAGACCCCCGUCUGCCAGACAUCAUAAAAAAGUUUGUGUUGUCUUUGUGAAGUUGGAAGAUGCCUCCAGCAGUUGUUCAAUGUGUAUAUGAGAGCAUAUAUUAUUCAAAGUAAAUAAUUUGCUUUAACUCAAAGGCAGCAUAUGUUGAUUGCCUUAUAGAUGUAACGAAUGCAAACAUGUAAAUAAACAAAUAUUACCCUGUAUCCUGUUUGUAAGUCAUUUAAUGUCUUUCUUAGUUUUGUUGACUUUAUUUGCAUACACUGAGAGCAGAAAAAAACAAGCCCUGUAUGUCUGCACGCCAAUCAAUGUGGCGUACAAAUUUGAUUUGCGUAGUUGGAUAAAUAAAUGUUAAAAAUGCUUUAGAUCAUGAA